CCUGAAUGAGAUACCCGUAAUAUCUGUCGGUCUGGUAUCUUCGUCGUGUCGCGCUCGUGAAUUCGACUUGACUUCCUUCCUUCGUUCGGUUGUCCUUCUCGGGGUUCCAGCCUCGUUCGGUGUUGUGCAUGGGUCGAUUGCAUGCCCCAUCUGAUCUGUGUAACGCCGUUACAUGCUGUGUCUGACAAACAUGCAGCCGCCAUACUCUGCGGUCUUGAUCUUGUGGACGAUCUGUUAUGGUUGAUCGUUACUCCGUGUCACCCAUGUUUUUCCGGUUUGUUGGCAAGCCAUUUCUGAGCCUGAGAGAAGAAAAGGAUAUCUGCAUACGGCCACGCACUCAAUCGCCGAACACACGCACUAGAGUUGACCAUGCCAUGAUGUUCCUGAUCAAUUUUAUAUACUGUAACAAACCGCCAUCACGGCCGUUUAUCACCCGUACAUCGCUGCCACUGAGCCGCUCCCAACGUUUCUUUCUGUUGCUCUUUUUAUCCUUCAUCUUUUUUGUCUUUGUCUUUUCUUCUUUUCCUUUUCCCUGGUCAAACUCGAUACAGUUCCGUUACGCGCCCCAAUACAGAAUCGCAGAGCCUUUGACAGGCAGGUUCCAGAAGUAGACGUUUAAGUGUUGCUAUUGUGCCUUCUAAGUCACCAUGUAGUUUCGAGACAGGAAUUGGCAUGGAACAAUCGGUGUCUAUACUCGCCCCGGAGACUUCGAACA